AUGACUGUGGAUUUCAGGGACUGGCAAGCUACACCUUUGCCCUAUGCUCGCAACGGUGUGGUGGUUUCCACUCCCGCAAACCUCGAAAAGCCGGGGACUUCUCAGGCACGAGACGAGGGGUUGCACAAAGACGUCAACUAUGAUCCCUUUUCUUUCUUUAAGCAACCGUCAAACUCGCCUAACUCCGGAUCUGUUUCUGAGAGCUGUUACACAAACAACGCUCCUCUCGAGCCGGAGACUUUUGACCUCAGCGCCGAACAUAAUGCGCCUUUUCACCCCCCAUAUGAUUUACCACCAGACCUUCAGCUUUCUCUUGAUGGAGACUGGGCAGCCGACAGCCAUUGGGAUGUUGUCGCCGACCAUCUGCCUUGGGAUGCUUAUCUGACUAUUGACAACGACAUAUGGAGGGAUUUGGAGAGAUUCUUCGAUAGGGCGUACAUCAUCUUCCCAGUGAUAUCUUACCACGAUCUGACCGCACGCCUUCUCCUCGAACCUGACUGGCGUGAUGAUCCCCCCUUGAAAACCUUACUUCUUUCAAUUCGCCUUAUCAACAUGGCUGGCGACUACCGUAUGACUUCUAGCGAUCGUGCGCAGCUUCUCCAAUUGGUCAGCCAGGUCGAAACCUCCCGUCUGAGCCAUGAUUUUGCCGAUCCUGCAACGCUGGACGCUGUCGUGGCUUCACUGUUCUUGUUCACAGCUUACAAUGUUCUUGAGAAAUAUACUCGGUCAAUGCUUUAUCUCGACGAAGCGUUUUCACUUCUAGAUGCCGCGGAUGUUGGGUCCAAUGAAGUGCGCAGAGAACAGCAGUUGCGAAUGGUCCUCUUCAACACGGAGGUCGCCACUCUGCGCAUUUACACGCACAGAAAAAAGAUUCGGUGGUCUCAUAGAGCCUCGAUUGUCGAGAAUCUGGAAAACGAUUGUUGUUUGAGUGUUGAAACGAUAGUUCAGCCUGAACCUGUCGCGAUGCAUUUGCUCAGGAGGCUCACGCAGGUCAAUCUCGCCCAGAGUGCAGAAGCAUUAGAACAACUUAAUGUCGAGUCGGAGAAUGAUAUGGCUACCUUGUUCGGGACAGUUUUCCAGCAACACCGUAUUUCUAGAGUUCAAGCCGCGGAUGUCGCUAUCACUCGACAAUGGAACCUCUCAUCCAUGCUUGUCUCCGGCGCUAGAACAGCGCCGGCAGCGCUCGAGGCAUUUGGCGUCUCAGCAGAGCAAAUGGGCACCACUGCCCUUUCUUGGAUAUGCCUACUUGGUGAAGGGGAACUGAGGAUCGUGGGCCUCGGAAAGGUAGCUGCCUUGGCGCGAAAACUACGCUUCUUAGCAGGGCCAUCCCGAUGCAACACCGUGCUUGGAGGCCUGCUUGGCGCCAUCAUACGGGAAGACCAUGAGAAAACAUAUGCACCCCAGCUUGCAGAUGUGGUGAUGCCGAUGGCUUCAUCUUUGCCGUACACAAUAACGCCCCGUCAUUUAGACAGCUCUUUGGCGAUGCUUCGGUGUAGCAAGCACGCUCCAACACACAGAGAUGGAACAGUCUUCGAGGACGAGAGCUGA